AUGGACAAUCGCCAGAAGCGGCUUACAGAGGCCCUACAGGGCAAUGAUCAAGGUGAAGCUGCUGAAAGGGUAAAGGAGUAUUUGGAUGAUCUACAGAACAUUCCUUUAGUCAUUGCAAUCACUGGAGAGUCUGUCUCUGGUAAGUCCACCUUUGUCAACGCUCUCAGAGGAAUAGACAACAAAGACGAGGAAGCUGCUCCCACGGGUGUCGUGGAAACAACUAUGGAGCCAACUGAGUACAGCCUCCCAAAAAACUGCCAUAUUAAACUAUGGGACCUCCCUGGUGUUGGCACAACCAAGUUUACAGCAGAAGAGUUUGAGAAGUUUGACUUCUUCAUCAUUAUCUCCAGUGAACGUUUCAAAGAUAAUGAUGCAAAACUGGCUCAAGAAAUAAAUAAGAUGGGAAAGAAAUUCUACUUUGUUCGAUCCAAGAUUGACAACAGCAUCCGAGAUCAAAAACGGAGCCAGAGAGAUUUUACUGAAGAAAAAACACUUCAACGAAUCAGAAACGACUGCACUAAAGAGCUUCAGAAGCUGGGGAUGUCUCCAAAAGUGUUCCUGAUCUCCAGCUUCAAGUUGCACCUUUACGAGUUCAAUGAUUUAUGGGAAACUUUGGAGAAGGAGCUGCCUGCCCUUCAGCGAGAUGCUCUGCUCCGGGCUCUGCCUAACGUUUCAGAGCAGUUGUGUCGAUACAAAGGAUAUAACUUUGCCGCUGGGUGGACCACUCCUGAGUACCUCGACUCACUUCAGGCGUUUGAGGUCAGGGACAGUGACGUAUUCCUGGUCACUUACCCCAAGUCAGGCACGGUGUGGACCCAGCAGAUCCUCAUCUCCAUCUGUGAGUUGAGUGGAGGCCUGAAUGACUAUCCCAACAACCUGGAGCAGAUGCCCUGGCUGGAGUACACCGAGGGCCGGCCGGACUACGCCCUCAGACCCUCCCCAAGACUGUUUGCCUCCCACCUGCCCCCAGCACUCAUGCCCCUGGGGCUGAGGGACAAGAGGGCCAAGAUUAUUUAUGUAAUGCGGAACCCAAAGGACAACGUUGUGUCUUAUUACCACUUCAGUAAAGUGUUCAAUGACCUGGAGAAUCCAAACAGCUUUGAGGAGUUCUUGGAAAAGUAUUUAGCAGGAAACGUGGGAGCAUCGUCCUGGUUCGAUCACAUCCGUCUGUGGCUUUCUGUCCGGGACCAGUUCAACAUUCUCUACCUGACCUACGAGGACAUGAUACUGGUGAGAUUAAAGUUACAGUCUAUGGAUUAA